AAUUUUUUACGUGAUAAAAAAUGAGAGAUAAUUAUAAAUUAAAUUAUUUUGUGAUGGCAGAUUUUUUUUAGUUAUAGGAAAAGAAAUGAAUAAAAAUAUAAUAUUAUUAUAUAUAGUUUUUAUUGGGCCUUUCUUUAUUGCCUUAUUUUUAUAUGGGUUUUUUCCUUUAAUAAAUUAUGAUAAUACUAAAGCCACACAAGAUAAUAUACCAAAGUCUAUAGAAAAUUUUAGAAUAAAGAUAGAUGCACUAUAUAAACCUAUGGUUAAAAAAUUGAUCAUUAUGAUUAUUGAUGCUUUAAGAUGGGAUUUUAUAACAGGAUCAAUUGGAAAGAUUGCAAUGCCUGUAACAAGUAGUCUCAUAGGAAAUUCUUCAGUUUCUUUGUUAAAAACUAAAGUACAUUCACCAACUGUUACAAUGCCUAGAAUAAAGGCAAUUACUACUGGUAUGAUACCAAGUUUUAUUGAUAUAGCUUUAAACUUUGGAAGUAAACCAGUUACUGGUGAUAGUAUAUUUUUUCAAGCAAAACAAGCUGGUUAUAAAUCAAUAUUUUAUGGAGAUGAUACUUGGAUUACAUUAUUUCCUUUUAUAUUUGACCGUUAUGAUGGUACCACAUCAUUUUUUGUAACAGAUUUUACUGAGGUUGAUAACAAUGUAACUAGGCACAUACAUAAAGAAUUAUAUAAUAAUAAUGAUUGGUCUAUAAUGGUUCUUCAUUACUUAGGACUUGAUCAUAUUGGUCAUGUUUAUGGACCAUUUAAUCCAUUAAUUAAAACAAAACUUAAAGAAAUGGAUAAUGUAAUAGCAAAAAUUCAGUUUAAAGUUCAAGAAUGGAAUCAAAAUAAUGAUUCUACUUUGUUUAUUAUUUGUGGGGACCAUGGGAUGAAAGAUUCUGGUGGUCAUGGUGGUUCAACAAUAUCAGAAACAAUUGUACCUUUUAUUGCAAUUGGUGGAGAAUAUCAUCAAAAUUACAAUAAUCCCAUAGAAAUAUCACAAAUAGAUAUUGCAUCUACACUAUCUGUUAUUUUGGGAUUACCAAUACCACAUUCUAAUAUAGGGACAGUUUUUUUAGAUAAUUUAUAUGAUUUAUCUAUCUCAAAGAAAUUAUUUAUACUUUAUUAUAAUUCAAAACAAGUUUUUAGUCAUUUUCAAAAACUAGUUGAUUAUGAGUCUAAAUAUGCAUAUAAAAAAUAUUUGGAAGCAAUAAAGCUUCAUAAUGCUUGGUUAAAUACUAAAGAUCAUCCAAAUGACAUAACAGAUGAUAUUGUGCUUUCCUAUAAAAUUGCACUAAAGGAAAUGAAAGAAAUUCUCAUAAACAGUACAAUAAAAUAUGAUUUUCAAAUAAUAAUAAUAGCUAUAAUUUUUCUAUGUCACAUUACUUGUAUUUUAAUAGGAAAAAUAUCUUUUAGAUCACCUACAUUAAAAAGUAUUAUAUUUUUCAUUAUUUUAAAUAUAUUUUCAUGGAUAUUAAUCAAUCAUUUUUGGAAACAAGAAAUUAUACAUUCUUAUCUACUUGUCAAUAUUAGAAAUUUCAAUAUUUUUAUGUCUAAGAAAACAAAAAAUGGAAUAGGAAAAUGGUUUCUUUCAUUUGGAGCAUUAAUACAUGCAAUUAGUCUUGGUAGUAGUAGUUUUGUAGAAGAAGAACAUCAAACAUGGUAUUUUUAUUGGGUCACAGUUCUUAUAUUGCUACUUUACCAUUUUAUCGCGAAAUAUUUUUCAAAAGAUUUUUUAUAUACACAAUAUUACAAGAAUUACCGACAAUAUAUACAUGCACAAAUUAUCAUUAAACUUUUAUUACUAUUGAUAGGACACAGAAUUCUCAGGAAAUUAAAUAGUACUGGGGAUAAAUAUGCUCAUCUUCCUGAUAUAGCAGGAUUUUUAUUAAAACAAGAAAAUAUAUUGAGCAUGACAAUUGUACUUGUUACUGGUCUUAUACUUUUGAUAUGGAUUGAUUUUAGUCAUGAAAGUAAAACACAUAAAAUACAAUCAUUAGCACUUAAUUCAAUAGUUAGUAUAUGUAUUUAUCUUCGUCAUAUGCAUAAUGGUAAUGUUACCAAAAUAGUAUUUUAUCCUCAAACAAGUGGAGUAUACGAAGUACAAAUUUUUUGGUUUUUACUCUUGAUAAAUUUUUCAACUUAUAUUUAUAAUAUGAUCCAAACAAAAAAACACAAUGCCAAACUCUUUUUAAAAAUUUCUUUGUAUUUUAUUCUAAAAACAUGGAUUAUGAUCUCAGCAAUGCUUCAUAAACCACACAAUGUGAUACUUUUACCAUUUCAAAUAAUAUUUAGCAAUGUAAUUUCUGAAAUAAUUAAAAACGGUAUUUCUCAAGAUGUUGGUGUGAUCUUAUAUAUCUGGAUUGGCAAUGUAUUUUAUUUUUAUCAGGGAAAUUCCAAUAGUUUAGCAACUAUUGAUGUAGCUGCAGGUUACAUUGGUGUACAAUCGUAUAUCCCAUUUAUUAAUGGUUCAUUAUUGUUAAUUAAUACUUAUUCAUCUCCAGUUUUGGCCUAUUUUUUGUUUAUUUAUUAUUCGAUCUUGGAGCAUCCAUAUAAUAUUUAUGAAAUAGUCACACAAAUUAAUAAAAUGUACAUAAUGUGGAGAUUAAUACCGGUGACUCUAUAUACAAUUAUAAUUAGUAUUCAACGCCAUCAUUUGUUCAUAUGGUCAGUAUUCUCGCCGAAAUUAUUAUAUGAAGCUAUAUAUUUUACUAUUAUGUGUGUUGUCGUAUUUAUCGUGCUAAUUUUGACCACUCUACAAAAAAUAAUAAAUAAAUUGUGAUUUUAUAUUUUUUA